AUGGAGGGGCGGUUUCCCUCUCAGAGCCGGUUUAUAGGCGGUGUGGUGUCCUCGGACAGCCAGUACCCGCCCACCUCCGGGCGUCAGGGCGAGUACCUGAGCUCCGGCCCCAUGUGCCGCUACGCCCAGGACCUGCUGCCCCUGCUCAGGAUCAUGGCCGGAGCCAACGCCAGCAUGCUGUCUCUGGACACCAAAGUGGAUCUGAGGAAGCUUCGGUUCUUCUCCAUCCCUCACGACGGCGGCUGCGUGUGGACCAACCCGGUCAGCAGGGAGCUGCUGGACGUCCAGAGGAGGGUGGUGCAGAGACUGGAGGCCGACCUGGGGGUGAAGGUCCAGCAGGUGGCGCUGCCCAGGCUCCGAUACAGCUUCCAGAUCUGGGACACGUACAUGAGCCUCCCCGACAAGGACGGGAAAAGAGACCAAAUGUACGCCGCCCAAGAGAUGUUCAAGACCGCCAACAAGGUGACCCGACCCGAGAAGGCGCUCAUCCUGGGCUUCAUGGCUGGAUCCAGAGAGAACCCGUGUCCGGAGCAGGGCGACAUCAUCCAGAUCAAGCUGAGCGAGCACACGGAGGUUCUGCCCAAGGCCGACGGCACCGGCAGCACCACCAUGCUGGUGGACACCGUCUUCGAAAUGAACUAUUCCACAGGACAGUGGACGCGCCUCAAGAAGUACAAACCCAUCACCAACACGUCCUGA